UAGUGAUGGGUGUAGGAAGGAAAUACCAUAUGCUAGCUAUAUUGUUAAUAGGGUCAUCUCGAUAGUGUAUAUUCAAAAUCAAAACGGAUAUAUAAUAGGGCAAACAAUAACAGCCUCCUGAUUUCCUGCAGACAUGUGCAUGGAGGUCGAUUUUCCUCUUCAGUCUUCAAUAUUCAUGAAAAGUCUUUACUGUCCUGGCAGAAAUAAACGAUUAAAAUCUACAUCUUUUUCACGAGAUGGAUUCACUAUUGUAAUUUACAGAAGAAAGAUUCCCGCCUUGUGAUGCAAUGAAGAUAGUUCAACUCGAGACUCGUUGUGCUGAAGGAAACAUCAACUAACCUUAAAAAACAGGGAAGAAGUACUUUGGACUGAUCAAACUGGGGGUCGUAUUACAAAUGGAAAAUGGCCACUGAUCCUCACAUCACUUCGGCUCAAGAGGUCAUCAUCUGCGACCUUUGUGAGACCCCUGCUAGACAAUUCUGCAACAGUUGCCAGGUCAGUCUAUGCUUAGAUUGCAUUGGAAAACACAUAGACAGUAUCCAGACUCUGAAACAUGAUGUUGUUCAGUUCAAAGACAGAAAAGUCCAGCUGGUUUACCAGGAGUGUGGGAGUCACUCUGGCCAAAGAUGUGAGGCCCAUUGUUCUCGGUGUAAUGUUCCAAUCUGCAUGAUAUGUGUCAUAAGUACUCAUAAUGGACACACUAUCAGACUCAUGGAAGAUGUAGUCAGUGAGUUGAAGAGCGAAAUUCAGCACGAAACACGGGAUAUUGAAUCCAAUCUUCUUCCAGUCUACAAAAAGAUGACGGAAAAUACUGAAAAGGACAUUGGUAAAUUAACACAAGAAUUUAACAGUCUUGAAUCAGACAUAGAGAAACUAAGAAAAUCAUGGCAACAAGAGGUAGACGCCAUCUUUAACAAAGUCUGUUCUAUGAUCAAGUCGAUUAGAGAGAACCACUUGACUGUCCUGGCAUCUCAUCAGUCCCUUCUUGAAAACCAGAUUCAAGAGAUGACCAAAACAGUUCAGCAAAACAAGGAAAUUCACCAAUCGAACAAGGUUUCAGAGGUCACCAACCACCAAUCCAAGCUCACUGAGUACAAAGAAAUUCCUACAAUCGUACAACAACCGAUACCAUCCCUAAACAGCAACACUGACCCCGGAAAGGAAUUAACUAUAGAGCUAGGAGAAUACACAGCUACUCUAAAACAGGCAGAGUUAUCCAGUCAGAGAGAUGCGAAAUUUUCAUCUAUGUCAACAAAAGAUCUGCUGGACAGAGCGAAAGUGAUUGCAACCUCUUCUACCGGAGUUGAAUCAUUGUGGAGGAUUUCCUGUUUAGGAACUGAUGAAGCGUGGUUGAGUGGAAAGGGCAAAACCAUUACACGUGUCGACAUUGACGGAUGUGUUCGGGAAAGCGUCACCAGCACUUGCCAAAAAACUCCAGUGGAUAUCGCUGUAACCAAGAACGAUGAAUUGAUAUACAGCGAUUCCGACCAUGGAACGGUUAACAUAGUCAAAAAUGGCGUAUCGGAGACUCUGAUCACUGCACCACGAGGAUGGUCACCAAAAGGACUGUGUUCCACUGAAUCGGGGGAUAUCCUGGUCAACAUGAAUAGUGGAGUCCAAAAUAAGGUUGUCCGCUACAAGAAUAGAAAAAUUGCGCAGGAAAUCUUUAAAGAUGAUAAAGGAGACCUGAUAUUUGGAAAAGAUAAGUGGAUGCUGUUUUUGGUAGAAAACAGAAAUGAAGACAUCUGUGUUUCAGAUUUCAUUACAAAUAGCGUGGUUACCAUUGAUAAAGUAGGAAGAGUUCGCUUCCGGUAUAAAGGCUCACCAGCAGGGGGACCAAAGCCAUUCAGUCCGAGGCAGAUAGUGACCGACUCCCUUGGUCAGAUCAUUGUGGCAGAUUACAACAAUGUCUGCAUCCACAUACUUGAGCAGAACGGACAGUUCCUGAAAUGCUUAGACAAGUGUGGGUUUCACUCACUCUGUGGACUUAGUAUUGACAACAUGGAGAGGCUGUGGGUUGGACUAAUUGAGAACGGAAACGUCAAAGUAAUCCAGUACAUGAAAUAAGUAUCGCAGAUUUAAAGGGAGGUCGAUUGGAAAUAAUUUGAAAAUAGAAAGCAAGAUUUUUUUUUCAAAGGAUUUGUUGAUCAAAUGGAUGGAAAAUCAUUUUUCACGAAACAGAAAUGCACGUGCGAUGCAAAAAGAAAACACAAUCCAAUACACGUCCUAAAUUUAAUUGGUAAUUGAUAGGCAACACAAAUGUCGUUGUGCAAAUCUUAAAAUGAAUAUUCCAAUUUGAAAGUCAUUUUAAUGGAAAAUAAGAAAAAAAAUUAGCCAGAAUUUUGAAACAUUUAUCAAUUAUUUGGAUAGAUACUAGUACUCGUAAACAGGAAAACACGUACAUGGUUAAUAGUUAACAUAUCCGAAAAUAUGAAGUGACAAAACUUAUCCAUUGAUUUUGAUGAACUGUAAUUCACAUUUAAAGAGAAAUAAUCCAAAAGAAGAAUCCAGCAUUUAAAUCUAUGAGUGAAAGAGCCUUAGAGUAGCAAGUGGGCGCUAACGUGUUCAACAAUAUCCAGAAUGAUGUUCAUAUCAUGACAUGACAGAUCAGGUUCAAAGCGAAAUUCAUUAAAGUUUUAGGCUUUUGAUAUUUCAUGUGAUAAAGCGUGACUUUUGUGGUGCAUGGCUUGUCCGAUUAUCUGUAAAAACUGUUUAUGUAUGAAUGAAUUAAGAAAUAUAUUUUUUUUAUAAAUCACUACCUCUUUGGGUUACCUAUUCUAAUAUUUUAACAUGGUCUUUCUUUUUAAAAGUUAAAUAAAAAUCAUGCAUUAUAUUAU